AUGUCGACACUCGUCGGGUUUUUGCUUGUAACGGCCGCACUUCUAAUAUAUGUCGACCAGUCGAGCCAGUCGUGUACAUCCAAUUGGUCGUACAUGUCUCGGGACACGGCCGACAAAGGGAAGCGUCUGGCCGGGCACCUUGUUCGUAACGUGACUGGAGUACGUUCCAAGGUGGAAUGCCUGAGUUUUUGUCUGAGGCAGGGAAGUGAGUGUGAGUCGAUCAACUUCGCCGACAAGCUCGGUAUAUGCCAGGUCAAUGGGGCUACCAGAUCGACACAUUCAAGUGACCUUGUGGAUGAUAACGACUUUGACUAUUUCGACCCACCUUCAAGUGCUCAUUGGCAGAAUAGUCGGACGUAUUCCUGUUCGGACACAGACGUUUGUUUCAACUCGGGAUCGUGUACGGAGUUUUGUCAUCCACCCUGGUUCCGAUGUGAAUGCGCAACCGGGUUCUAUGGUGAACAGUGCACACUCUCCACGUCCUAUGACGGAGUUGCUUCAUCCUGUUUGGUGUACAAAGACAACGGCCAUACCGUAAGUGGCGUGCUGCAAAUUAAACCAGACAGUGGCGCAGCCUUCGAUGUCUACUGCGACAUGGACACUGACGGGGGAGGCUGGGCGGUGUUCCAGCGUCGAUAUGACGGCUCAGAGGAAUUCUACCGUGGAUGGAGCGACUACGUCAACGGGUUUGGCUCCCUCAGCGGCGAGUAUUGGUUAGGCUUGGAGAAGUUAUAUCGGAUCGCCUACACCACGAGGACUCUGCGUGUAGAUCUCACUGACUGGUCAAAUGGGGCGUACUAUGCACAGUACGCGUUCUACGUACACAAUUCGAAUGAUAGGUACCGUGGAUUCUUCUGGAGUUACAGUGGAAACGCUGGAGACUCCCUCAGUUAUCAUCACAACAACAUGUUUUCAACGUACGACUACGACGGGGACAACUCGGGAAGUAACUGUGCAUCGACCUACCACGGAGCCUGGUGGUUCAACUCGUGCCAUCAUUCCAACCUCAACGGCAAGUACGUCGUUGGGGGCUCGACUGGGGAAACCGCCGUGUCUGCAGUGUGGUCCUCGUUGCACGGGCAUAACUACUGCCUCAUGCAGACCUACUUGAAAGUGCGAUAGUGUGC